AUGAGGCUAUUGGGGUGGAACUGUCAGGGGCUGGGGAGACCCUCGACAGUUCGCGCCCUUCAUCAUCUCCUUAGAAGGGAUAAUCCAGAUGUGGUGUUCCUAAGGGAAACAAAGAGUAAGGAUGCUGUUAUUGAGAGGAUUAUGCGGCGUGGAAACUUUCAUGGCUUGGUUAUGGUUAAACCUGAAGGCGCUGCAGGUAGCCUUGCUUUGCUUUGGAAGGAGAAUGUGAAACUGUCAAUAAAGAUAGCUGAGAAGAACUUUAUCGAUAUGGAGAUCAGUAUGGUGGAUGCGAUGCCUUUUUUGCUCACUUGUGUGUACGGGGAUCCGAUAAAGCAUAGAAGGAAGCUGGUUUGGGAUCGUCGUGUGUGCGCCCUCCACAGUCAUCAACAACACAGGUGGCUGUGUUAUGGAGACUUCAACUCCUACCUUUCUUGGCAUGAGAAGGAUGGUGGUUCCCAAAAGUGCUCCAAAGAUAUUGAUAUUUUUAGAGAUUUUAUUGACAAGUGUGAUUUCUUGGACCUGGGCUUUCACGGCCCUAUGUACACAUGGAGUAACAAACGGAGGGGUCAGGACAACAUCAGGAUCCGCCUGGACCGUGCUCUAUGUAACCCAGCAUGGCGACAAGCUUUUGCAAAUGCGGCAAUAUUCAUGAAGCCCACGGUAAGCUGUGACCACUGCCCUAUUCUUUUAGAUACAGAUGGUGGACGAUCCACAGGGAGGAGACCUUUCCGUUUUGAAUCCAUGUGGCUGUUUCAUAAUGAUUGUAAAAAUGCAGCCUCUCGUGCAUGGUCUUUGCCUACCACAGUUCCCGUGGUUUAG